AUGACUCUUUUUUCUUGUUUAGCUUCUGCAAUAAACACCACUUCCCCUCAAGUAUUUCUUCUCAGGAAUCCUCAUCUACAUUCUCCCAAACACCAUUACCACGAAACUAAACUACCCAGGAAAGAGAAUCUUGUGUUCAGGCCUUUCCAAGUUCAAACCAGGCCUUAUCUUCCGUUCUCGAGCUUGAAUAACUCCAGACUCAAUCACCCUUUUGCCAACAUAUCUUCUUUUGCCGAUGCGGGAGGUGAGAAAGAGCAAGAAGAUGAAGCAACCCAUGCUAAAGCAAGUGACGAUUACUCGCCUGGAAUGGCUCAAGCUUUCAACAUAUCUUCCAGUACUGCUUCUGCUAUUGCUUUAUUCAUAGCGUUUGCAGCUCUGAGUCUUCCGUUCUUCAUGAAGUCUUUAGGUCAAGGAGUUGGCUUGAAGAACAAGUUUUUGUCUUACGCGACGCUUUUGUUUGGGUAUUACAUGGCCUGGAAUAUCGGAGCCAAUGAUGUGGCGAAUGCAAUGGGAACUUCGGUGGGAUCAGGUGCAUUGACACUGCGUCAGGCUGUUUUGAUGGCGGCCAUUUUGGAGUUCUCUGGAGCAUUGAUGAUGGGAACUCAUGUGACCAGUACUAUGCAGAAAGGGAUCCUUGUUGCUAAUGUGUUUCAGGGCAAGGAUACUCUGCUUUUUGCUGGAUUGCUGUCUUCUCUCGCUGCUGCUGGUACUUGGCUGCAGGUUGCAUCAUAUUACGGUUGGCCGGUUUCGACCACACACUGUAUAGUAGGAUCAAUGGUUGGAUUCGGCCUGGUUUAUGGGGGACCUGGCGCUGUUUUCUGGAUGUCUCUGGCAAGGGUUAUUUCGUCGUGGGUUAUCUCACCUGUAAUGGGAGCAUUGAUGUCAUUCCUAGUCUACAAAUGCAUCCGCAGAUUUGUUUACAGUGCUCGUAAUCCGGGACAAGCAGCGGCUGCAGCGGCACCGAUUGCUAUUUUUCUCGGGGUAACCGGGAUUUCUUUUGCAGCCUUUCCGUUAAGUAAGAGCUUUCCGGUAGCUCUUGGUCAAGCUUUGGGAUGUGGAGCAGUUGGGGCAUUCAUAGUUUACUAUAUUAUCAGAAAGCAGCUCGGUCAUCUCCUUGCCAAAGCCACUUCUUCGACACGGUCAGAGCCGCAAGAAAGUACAACUACUCAGACUAAAAAUCUCGGUCUUCUCUCGGACAUCGCAGGGCCUAAAGGCACCCAGCUGGAAAUAGUUUAUGGGGUCUUCGGGUAUAUGCAGGUAUUGUCAGCUUGUUUCAUGUCAUUCGCCCAUGGAGGAAACGAUGUUUCGAAUGCGAUAGGGCCUCUAGCUUCGGCAUUAUCGAUUCUUCAAGGCGGUGCCAGUGGCACCGAGAUAAUUAUCCCAAAUGAUGUUCUUGCCUGGGGAGGAUUCGGAAUUGUAGCAGGGCUUACGAUGUGGGGGUAUAGAGUGAUAGCAACGAUCGGGAAGAAGAUCACCGAACUCACACCGACUAGAGGGUUUGCAGCCGAGUUUGCAGCAGCCUCGGUUGUUCUCUUUGCAUCAAAGCUGGCUUUGCCAAUCUCAGCAACACAUACGUUGGUCGGAGCAGUCAUGGGAGUCGGCUUUGCCAGAGGUUUAAAUAGUGUUCGAGCCGAGACAGUUCUAGAGAUUGUGACAUCCUGGGUUGUGACAAUUCCAGUUGGUGCUUCCCUUGCGGUCAUCUACACAUGGAUCUUAACCAAACUUCUGUCAUUUAUUUUAUGACAACGUAUUCAAGAACAUCUAAACAGCUUGAUGUAUGUGAUUAAUUCAAAUCACCCACCUUUUCUUUUUUCAAAGUAUUUUGUGGAAUUGUUACGACUUUGUUGAGUUGAAA